AGCACUUCCUGUCUAUUGUCCCCACUACCUUUACAUUCCCUCUUUUAUCUUUUUGCUUGCUCGAUGCUUUAUUUACACCAGAGAACAUACGUUCGUAGUUCUCUGUUUACACCUUCUGUCACUAAAGAAAAUGGGAUUUAGUAAAUGCUGUGUUAUAAAUUGUAAAAAUACAACAAAAAAUUGUAAAUUUAAGUUUUAUUCGUUUCCAACUUCGAAGCACAAAUUACUACAAAGAGAAAAGUGGAUUUAUAUCAUAAAAAAGUAUAAUGGAUAUGAUGACAGUUGGAAUCCUAAACGUUCUCAGUUACUCUGCAGUGCCCACUUUAUUGGAGAUAAAAAGGGAGAAAGUACACUCAGUCCUAAUUAUGUACCAACAAUAUUUUUACCAAAAUUGGAGCAUAAAUUGGUUCAAAAUGCAUCUCUAAAUAGACCUGAUCCUUUAAGGUCAAAAAAAAGGACAAAAAAGCCUUGUCUACAAAAACAAUCAACAUUAAUUAUUGUAGAUAAUAAAUCUUCAGUGGCUGGCACCAGUGGCAGUAAACUUGAUCAAGCAUGUCAAGAGUCAGAAAUAGCAGGCAAUUCAUUUUUGCCAAUUUGUGUUAUAGCUAUGGAAGUAAAGACUGAAAUUAAGGAAGAGUUUGUUGAAGGCGAUCCAAGAUGUACAGAGAGUCAGUUAUCCUCAUCCACAAAUCUUGGAGAUUUGAAGAAUGAACCAGGAGACAAUUUAGAUAUGGAAAUAAAAGCUGAAAUUAAGGAAGGUUUUGUUAAAGGAUAUAUUGAGAGUCAGUUAUCCACAUCCACAUAUCUUGAGGAUCUGAAGAAUGAAUUUGAAGAUAACUCAGCUAUGGAAGUAAACACUGAAAUUAAGGAAGAGUUUGUUGAAGGCGAUCCAAGAUGUACAGAGAGUCAGUUAUCCUCAUCCACAAAUCUUGGAGAUUUGAAGAAUGAACCAGGAGACAAUUCAGAUAUGGAAAUAAAAGCUGAAGUUAAGGAAGGUUUUGUUAAUGGAUAUAUUGAGAGUCAGUUAUCCACAUCCACAUAUCUUGAGGAUCUGAAGAAUGAAUUUGAAGAUAACUCAGGCUUUCUCAGAGAAGAGAAUAUAUUGGAAAUUAUGGAAACAACAUCUCCACAUACAUGUAACAAAGAAUGUGUGGUUCAACCAGGCGAAGAAAAAAAAUGUGGAAUUUGUACUAAGCAGCUAGGACAUAAAAGAUAUUUAAGCAAACAUAUAAAAAUUCACACUGGAAAAAAAUACAAGUGUGACAUUUGUUCUAAGGAAUUUAGUGAAGCUAGAAAUUUGAAACGACAUAUCACAACUCACACUGGAGAAAAACCUUACAAGUGUGAAAUUUGUUUUAAACUAUUUACUGUAGCAAGUGGUUUGAAAAACCACUUAAGAAUACACACUGGAGAAAAGCCUUACAAGUGCGAAAUUUGUUUUAAACUAUUUACUGUAGCAAGUGGUUUGAAAAACCACUUAAGAAUACACACUGGAGAAAAGCCUUACAAGUGCGAAAUUUGUUUUAAGCAAUUUAGUGUUGCAAACAGUUUGAAAGAACACUUAAGAAUACACACUGGAGAAAAGCCUUACAAGUGCGAAAUUUGUUUUAAACUAUUUACUAUAGCAAGUGGUUUGAAAAACCACUUAAGGAUACACACUGGAGAAAAGCCUUACAAGUGCGAAAUUUGUUUUAAGCAAUUUAGUGAUGCAAGCAGUUUGAAAAGACACUUAAGAGUGCACACUGGAGAAAAGCCUUACGAGUGUGAAAUUUGUUUUAAACAAUUUAAUGAAGUAGGCCAUUUAAAAAUACACUUAAGAAUACACACUGGGGAAAAGCCUUACAAGUGUGAAAUUUGUUUUAAACUAUUUACUGCAGCAAGUGGUUUGAAACACCACUUAAGAAUACACACUGGAGAAAAGCCUUACAAGUGCGAAAUUUGUUUGAAGCAAUUUAAUGAAGCAAAUGAUUUGAAGAAACACUUAAGAAUACACACUGGAGAAAAACGUUACAAGUGCGAAAUUUGUUUGAAGCAAUUUAAUGAAGCAAGUGAUUUGAAGAAACACUUAAGAAUACACACUGGAGAAAAGCCUUACAAGUGUGAAAUUUGUUUUAAGCAAUUUAGUGAUGCAAGCAGUUUGAAAAAACACUUAAGAAUACACACUGGCGAAAAGCCUUACAAGUGUGAAAUUUGUUUUAAGCAAUUUCGUGUUGCAAGCAGUUUGAAAAAACACUUAAGAAUACACACUGGAGAAAAGCCUUAAAAGUGUGAAAUUUGUUUUAAGCAAUUUAGUGAUGCAAUCAGUUUGAAAAACCACUUAAGAAUACACACUAUAGAAAAUCCCUAAAAGUGCGAAAUUUGUUUGAAGCAAUUUAAUGAAGCAAGUGAUUUGAAGAAACACUUAAGAAUACACACUGGAGAAAAGCCUUACAAGUGUGAGAUUUGUUUUAAGCAAUUUAAUGUAUCAGGCAAUUUGAAAAUACACUUAAGAAUGCACAGUAGAGAAAAGCUUUACAAGUGUGAAAUUUGUUUUGAGCAAUUUAGUGUAGCAAGCGGUUUUAAAAGACACUUAAGAAUACACACUGGAAAAAAGUCUUACAGGUGUAAAAUUUGUUUUAAGCAAUUUAGUGCAGUGGAAAGUUGGAAAAGACACUUAAGAAUACUCACUGGAGAAAAGCCUUAAAAGUGUGAAAUUUUUUUAAGGAAUUGCGUGGAGCUGGCAAUUUUAAACAUCAUAUCAAAACUCACUGGAGAAAAGUCUUACGAAUGUGAAAUUUGGUUUAGGCAAGUUUUUUGGUAAUGAUCAUUUGAUAUGUCGUUUGGGAACUCAUGUCGGAGAAAAGCCUUACAGGUGUGAAAUUUGUUAUAAGCAAUUCAGUCAAGCAUGUGAUUUGAGGGCACUUGAAAAUGCACACUGAAGAAAAGCCUUUGACGUGUGAAAUUUGUUUUAAGCAAUUCACUGGUGCAAGCAUUUGGAAAAAACACUUAAGAAUGCACACUGAAGACAAGCAAAAAAAGCUUUACAAGCUGAAAUUUGUUUUUUGGAGCCGCUGAUUUGAUAACACAUGUGAGAGUGCACACUAGCGAAAAACCUUACACAUGUAAAGUUUAGUUUAAUCGGUUUUCUGAUGUAGUUAAUUUGAAAUAGCAUUUAAAAUCUUAUACUGGAUAAAAGCCGUGCAACUGUAAAAUUUGUUUUAAGAAAUUUAAUUAGGCAGCAGCUGUAAAGCGUCAUAUGAGAUCACACACUGGAGCGAAACCUUAAAAGUGGGGAAUUUGUUUUAAGUAUUUUUCUUCGAGAUAUAAUUUAUAAAAACUUUCAUAAUUGUACUUGAUAAACUUU